GCCGGGCGGCUCACGUGACGGGCGGGCCACCCGUGUGACGUCAGCGGUCACAUGACCGGCCGGGGCCGUCGCCAGAGCGCCCCGAGCGCGGAGCCGCCGCCGCCCCCCGCCCGCGCCCGCCCUCGGCCCGUGCUCGCUACCGCCGCGCCCGUCCCCGCACCCCGACAUGGCCCGGGGGCUGCUGGCGGCGGCCGCUCUGCUCGGCUUUUUACAGGUUUCUUCUUCAUUUGAAGUGAAAGAUCCAAGUGGUAAGGUCUGCAUAAUUGCUGAUUUGACAGUAGCCUUCUCAGUGGAAUACAAAACCAAUGGGCCAAAAGAGUCAAGGACAUUUGUACACUUUUUUCUUCCCCAAAAUGCUUCAGUAGCCUCACAGAGCUCAUGUGGUAAAGACAACACAUCUCAUCCAGUUCUGGUAUUGGAUUUUGGAGCAGGACAUUCGUUAAGCCUGAAUUUCUCAGAAUCUGCAGACAAGUACCAAGUUGAAGAGUUGGUUUUCCACUACAAUCUGUCAGAUACAACUUUAUUCCCAAAUUCAAGUGAAGGAGAGAUGAAGACUGCAUCACAGAAAAGUAUUAUUAAGGCACAUAUGGGCACAAAAUACAGAUGCAUCAACUCCAAGCACAUCAAUAUGAAGAAUGUGAAUGUUACUUUUAGCAACGUCACUUUGGAAGCCUAUCUCACAAAUGGCACUUUAAGUGUGAACAAGACAGAAUGUGCUGAAGAUAUGAUCUCUACUACUACUAUAGCGCCUACAACUCCUAAACACAUUACUAGCCAGGCUCCAACACCUAGCCCAACACCAACAUCAUCACCCUCAAAUCCUACAGUUGGUAAAUACAAUGUGACUGGUCCAAAUGGAACCUGUAUACUUGCCUACAUGGGCUUACAGCUUAAUAUCACCUAUCCAAAAAAAGAUGAAAAGAUGGGUUUGGAUUUGCUGAAUUUCGUACCACAUAAUACAACUUCUUCUGGAAUAUGCGACAAUACAUUUGCCUUGUUGAACCUGACUUUUGAGAAAACGAGGGUUGUCUUCCACUUUGCAUUGAAUGCAAGUGCUGAAAAAUUCUUCUUGCAAGGUGUGAGUGUAAGAACGACCCUGCCUUCUGAAGCAAAAAAUCCAAACUUUGAAGCAUCAAACAAGAGCAUGAAUGAGCUGACAGCUUCAGUAGGGAACUCCUACAAGUGCAGUUCUGAGGAGAAUCUGCAGGUCACGGACCAAGCCCUUAUCAAUGUAUUUAAUGUUCAGAUCCAGAUUUUCAAGAUUGAUGGAGACAAAUUUGGGCCAGUGGAAGAAUGUCAACUGGAUGAAAAUAACAUGCUGAUCCCCAUAAUAGUUGGUGCAGCCCUUGCUGGUCUUGUUCUAAUUGUCUUGAUUGCUUAUCUGAUUGGCAGAAAGAGGAGCCAUGCUGGAUAUCAAACAAUUUAAUUUCUUGCACUAAAAUCCAGCAUAGAUGAACAGCAAUUGCAAGAGGCUGGGGGAAAAAAAUCCCCCUUUGUUUCCCCUGAACUGGUUGAUAUUGUAAGGUAACAUCUUUUCUUGCAAAUUGCUUCUUUAAAGUCUGCUUUAUUAAAUGUGAAAUCAUCUUGCAGCAUUUAACUAUGCACAAAAAUAACUUCUGAAGAUUCUGGUGUUUAAUUUUGCUAACUAGUUUUAAUAUUUACCCACUUAGAAACAAGCUAAAAGUUUUUAAGGGUGCAUUUUUGGAAUUGGUGUAAGAUCAUGUCAGCUACAGAUUCCAGAGAAGGAUGUUGCUAACUCUGACUCAAUUUCAGAACUCUUAACAAAGGGAAAAGGUUCAUUAUUUGCACCGCUGCCAUUGAGCGAUAAGUACACUGAUGAUGUAUUUGAAAAAAUUUAGUAACAACUGACAAAAUUGAAAUCUAAAAUCUGAACUUCACCUUGUCUCUUAGGUGUGUAUUUUUUACUAAGCUUUAAACUCAAUGCCUGGCACAUGCAGGGUGUGAACAACGCAAUAUUCAAACCUUACAGGAACUCUUUAUGAUUGGACAACUCCCCUGUUUGAUAUUUUUGAUGCUAUGCCAGCUUGUUAGGAGCUGGUACUUUUUUAAAAUGGGUGUUAUUUUUAUUUACUUUUUUUUGUAAAGUGAUUUCAGUCUAUUCUGUUGGAAGGUUCAGAGAGAUCCUGUUACUGCACAUGUGUACAAUAUAGAUCUCAAUCUGCUGAUUCUAUUGCUUUAAACUUGGCUGGGGGGUUGUACACUUUAAGGAUCAGUUCUUAUGUAUGCAUUGCCUGUAACAAUGCUAAUAAAGACUUUUUUUUCUGUA